AUGCUCGCCUUCGACAUCGAGACCAUGGGCCUCAGCAUGCACCACCACGAAAUCACUGUCGCCGCCGUCUACGACCCAACCAAGGGCAUCCGCCACUGCUACAACUUCUACAGGCACCGCCACGACCGCACCAGGUGGCAGCGCGAGGUGGACGAUUUCCUACGCACCCUCGACGAGGCCCGCACCCUCUGCACCUUCAACGGCAUCCGUUUCGACAUCCCCUUCAUCCAGACACAGUUCAAGGUCGACCCGGAGAGGGUGGGCCGCUGGGUGCUCAAGACCGUCGACCUCUUCCACCGCUGGAAGCUCCUCCGCGACCACACCUUCUCCCUCGACAAGCUCCUCAUCGCCAACGGCCUCCCCGUCAAGACGUCCAAGGGCUGCUUCGCCAUCGAUAUGGCCAGGCAGCAGCGCUGGGACGAGCUCGAGGACUACUGCAUGAACGACACCGUCCUCACCCACCUCGUCUCGUCCAAGGAGAGGCUCGUCAUACCCUGA